AAUUAAAAUUAUAAAAUGCACCAUAUUUUCGACUCGGUUGUAGUGCAGCCUCUUUGACGUGAUAUUAAUUUUAAUUUUUUGCUCCGCAGGAUCAUUGACGAGCCGGAUGCUGAUAAUUCGCUAAAUCUCCUAUAGCUGUUUCUUCAUAUCCGCGAUACACCCAGUACUGUAAUCGUAAAAUAAUAACAGGGAAAAUAAUGGAGCCCACCAAGGAACGAUUAAUCUAUGCAUGGGGUGGCAAUAUUGGCAAUCAUGGCAACAAAUACGAAGAAGAUUUAGCGUUGGUGCUGUUUGAGCGAGCAUCUUUCGGGAAGUCAGCAUUCAAACUUGCUUCAGAAAUGAAGGACGCUGGAAAAUUUGACGACGUAGUCAUAAUUUUCGAAGAACAGGAGGAAAUCUGGUUAAUCCAAACCAAACACAAAGGCAGCUCAGGUGAUACAAAACCAUUAUCGUUCGACAAUUUUUUUCCGAAGAUGUUCAAGGAGAAUAAAGAUUUUGCUCUUGUGCAGUACAUACAGUCAUAUUUAGAUGUCAUUCAAAAAGAUAAAUUCAAGAAGUAUAAGCAACGAUUUUUUAUCUUAACCAAUAGAUCAUUAGACGUUAGCGAUGAACAGCUUAAGAAGUUGGUGAACAUCGAGAUCUGUGAACAAAGUGAAGUGAACCCAAUAAUGAAGUUAGCUAAAUCCGACAAUUGCUACAUAAGAUUCAGACCAAAAGAGGAUAACAUUGAAGAAUUACUGAAUUUGCUGAACACCGAAAUAACUGCCAUAAGGGAUGCAAUCAUUGAACUCUUCAAAAGUGGAAAAGCUUCGGACUUACUGACGAAGUACAAAACACCAAUGCAGAAGAUCCUGACAGUUUUAGCUAAAAAUCCAAAUAAUGAUAACUCAAACAGCCAGGUCGAUACCACCCAUCAAUGGUUGUACAAUGAGCUAUUAAAUAAGAUUGAUAGAGAAGCAACGGUAAACAUAAUAAAAAAUAAAGCGUAUCAAGAUCUGAUGAAAGGUAAAUCUAGGGACACACAACUACCUCCAUAUAUAAAUGAAGAACGCGUGAACAAGUUCUUUCAGCAUCUAACUUUCUGUAUAGACCAACCAAGUGAUCUAAUGACAACCGUCAAGGAUCAUCUUCGCUCAUGGAUGAGAACUUGGAUUCCACCGGACGAUCUUGGCAAAGCACAAUUAGAGCUGCCUUUCUUUAAAUUUUAUCAAUGUUUUAAAGAUUGGAUCAAUCUUAGUAGUAACAAGCAUACACAAAAGAUUUACUUAACUGAAGCCGAGGGACGUAAGUGUGUCAAAGACAUAACGGAAGAAUUGAGUCAUAAUUUAUCACAACGUGAAAGCUCGUACAUAGAAAGAAAAUUAAUUGAUAACAGUCAUAUUGUUAGCGACCAUGAUUUCAUCAAACGAUUAAUAUACGACCAAGAAGAGAGCCAAUUUUCUCUCUUAAUCGGAAAGCCUGGUAUUGGAAAAACAACUAUCCUCCAAUACAUUGCCUUCGAAGUUCAAAAGAAAUCCGAUAUUGAUGUGUUCUUGAUAUAUUUGAAUAGCUUACAGGAAAUGCUCAAAACGGGCUGUGAAAACUUAGAAACAGUUUACACAAUUCUUAAACCGACUCUUUCAAAAACAAGCAUGACAAUAUUGAAAAACAAUCUAGAAAGCAACGCAAAUCGGUCUAUAAUCAUGUUUGAUGGGUUCGAUGAGAUCACUUUUCAUGACGAGGCAAUCGCCAUGUUUAAGCAAAUAUUGUCAAAGAAGAAUAUUCGAGUAAUUGUAAGCGGAAGAUAUCAUGUCAAAGGUAUUCUUGAAACAGCUUUUGGAGCAGGGGCAAUCAGAUUGAUUCCAUUUGAAAAAGAUGAACAAAUGAUGUUAUUGAAAAAUUCAUGGAAAACUUCCGAUGAUUCAGAGGAAUUUAAAAAUUAUUCAACUAAAUUGUUCGAAAAUUUCUGCUCGGAUAUAACAAGCUAUGAGUUUAAAUUCUUUGGGAUUUCCCUUAUGAUUCGAUUGUUGGCGGAAGCAUAUUCUGAUGAUUUCCAACAAUAUGUAAAUACUGUUCCAGAUCAACGCGUACAAAAUAUUUUCCCGACAGAAAAAUUUAAUGUUGUCUCAUUGUUUAAAAAGAUUGUGCAGUUUUCGUUUCAAAUCAAAUGCAAGAAAAAUAGAUCCCAAGAUGCUUACCGAAAUAUUGACAUGCAAAGUGAUGAAGAAGAGAACCGUCAGUUAAAAUACUUUAUUUUUGAGCAUCAAAUAGCUGCCUGGAAUCAGAUUUUAAGGUAUAACCAUGAAGAAGUAAUCACAUCGGGUGAACACGAAACAAUUUACAAUGACCUUCAAAAUCGAAUCAAAAACGGAAAAGAGAACUCUCCUCUAUUUAAUAUUUCCUAUGGCAAUCUUAGGUUCAUACACUUAUCAUAUGCCGAAUUUUUUGCUGCAAUGUAUAUAUAUGAUUAUAUCAAAAAAUGCAAAGCAAUUUUGUACGAAACACUUGUUGAUCAUGAAACAGUUCGAAGAUUUUUUUUUAAGCUUACUGAAGAACAGUAUUCAGAACAAUCAGAGCAAAUGAUUGUUCUGAGCGAUAUUUGUAAAGAUAAAUCUAAGGUUGCAUUCUGGGCAUGUGAAUCAAGUUCAGUAAAAGUAGUAAAGGAACUACUACAAAAGAAUGAUUUCAAAACUAGAAAACACGAAAAAUAUGGAUCGUUAUUACACACUGCGACGUAUGCUGGUAAUUCUGAGCUGGUUUUAUUUCUACUUGAUUAUGGCAUAGAUGCUAAUCUGAUCGCCAACUUUGAGAUAUUUCAAGGUUAUGAUAAACACCUCAAUACAAGUCCUCUGCACAUUGCAAGUAAAAAUGGACAUCUUGAAAUUGCUAAAUUUCUUCUCGAUAGAUCCGCAAAUGUGGAUCUUCAGGAUGAAAAUAACAGAACACCUCUCCACUAUGCUAGUGCAAAUGGGCAUUUAGAAAUUGUUAAACUUCUCCUCGAUAGAUCUGCAUGUGUAGAUCUUCAGGAUAAAAAUAAAAGAACUUCUCUCCACUAUGCAAGUGAAAAUGGGCAUUUUGGAAUUGCUAAACUUCUCCUUGAUAAACCUGCAAAUGUGGAUCUUCAGGAUAAAAAGAAUAGAACAACUCUCCAUUAUGCAAGUAAAAAUGGGCAUCUUGAAAUUGUUAAACUUCUCCUGGAUAGAUCUGCAACUGUGGAUCUUCAGGAUGAAAAUAAUAGAACAUCUCUCCUCUAUGCAAGUAAAAAUGGACAUUUAGAAAUUGCUAAACUUCUCCUCUAUAGAUCUGCCAACGUAGAUCAUCAGGAUGAAAAAAAUAAAACACCUCUCCACUAUGCAAGUAAAAAUGGACAUUUAGAAAUUGCUGAACUUCUCCUCGAUAGAUUUGCAAAUGUGGAUCUUCAGGAUGAAAAAAAUAGAACACCUCUCCACUAUGCAAGUAAAAAUGGACAUUUAGAAAUUGCUAAACUUCUCCUCGAUAGAUCUGCAAAUGUGGAUCUUCAGGAUGAAAAUAAUAGAACGCCUCUCCACUAUGCAAGUGAAAAUGGGCAUUUAGAAUUGGCUGAACUUCUCCUCGAUGAAAAUAAGAGAACACCUCUCCACUAUGCAAGUGAAAAUGGGCAUUUAAAAAUUGGUAAACUUCUCCUCGAUAGAUCUGCAAAUGUGGAUCAUCAGGAUGAAAAUAAUAGAACCCCUCUCCACAAUGCAAGUGAAAACGGGCAUUUAAAAAUUGCUAAACUUUUCCUCUAUAGAUCUGCAAAUGUGGAUCUUCAGGAUGAAAAUAAUAAAACACCUCUCCACCAUGCAAGUGAAAAUGGGCAUUUAAGAAUUGCUAAACUUCUCCUCGAUAGAUCUGCAAAUGUGGAUCUUCAGGAUGAAAAUAAUAAAACACCUCUCCACCAUGCAAGUGAAAAUGGGCAUUUAGAAUUGGCUAAACUUCUCCUUGAUAGAUCUGCAAAUGUGGAUCUUCAGGAUGAAAAAAAAUAGAACACCUCUCCACUAUGCAAGUGAAAAUGGGCAUUUAGAAUUGGCUAAACUUCUCCUCGAUAGAUUUGCAAAUGUGGAUCUUCAGGAUGAAAAUAAUAAAACACCUCUCCACCAUGCAAGUGAAAAUGGGCAUUUAAGAAUUGCUAAACUUCUCCUCGAUAGAUCUGCAAAUGUGGAUCUUCAGGAUGAAAAUAAUAGAACGCCUCUCCACUAUGCUUGUGAAAAUGGGCAUUUAGAAAUUGCUAAACUUUUCCUCGAUAGAAAACUUUUGUUUUUGUUUGUUUUUGUUUUUUUUCUUUUAUUCUUUUUUUUUGUUGAGGUUUGAUCUAGACGGUUUAUUUUUAAGAUAAUUAAAUAUGACAAUUUUACCAGGUUUGCAAAAAAAACUAACUGGUUACAAUUACAGAUUUAAAUUCCUCUAGAGUUUAAAGUUGCUUCACAGCGAUAUAAAUGUGGAAAAGCUCAGGCGUCCACCUCUUAGUUUGCCGUUUUGAUCACCUGAAAUAUUCAUUGUAAUACAGCAAUCAAGAGUUAAUGAACAAUCAACAAAGCAUCCUAUUACACUAGCAACCCCGCAAUCUGAUGCUUUUAUAAUUUUCAGGAAUGUCAGGAAUGCUCACGAACCCCUGACAUUCAGCGAGAAAGCUUACUCGAGGUAUCUUUCAAAUGAGCUUUUUUUUUCCUUUAUUUGUUUUACGUCGAUCUUGUUUUCCGUGCUGAGCACCAAUGCUACCGACGUGCCAGGAAGGCAGCUCCCACACCUGGACCCUACCUAUCGACCCAUCAACUCAUGAACUGGGGACCAACGGCUUUACUUCCCUUCCGAAGGAAGGCGUGAUCAGAGAUGUUAUGCCUCAGAACAUCCCGGCGGCGCCGACUGGGAUUGAACCCAGGCCUGCUGGGGUGAGAUGUAAUCACGCUUACCACUACACCACCGGUGCCGAUGCAAAUGAGCUUGAAAGUUGCAUUUUUUUUAAAUGAGCUAGAAAGUUGCAUUUUUUGAUGAAAUGAUAAAUUAAGUCCUCUAUAUCCAUAAUAUGCACGCGAGGCUCAAACCUUUGAAGACUACUCGAAAACGAACCAGCGUUUGGCUGAAAGUCUUCUUAAUAAAUAUAAGUAACUAACUAACUUGUAGACAAUUUUUAUUUCUAAUCUACUACUAUUGCAUCAAUCAUAAAAAAAAUGGUUUUUGAAGUACUACAAUAAUUAUUAAAAAGUCAUUAUGACAGCUAUCCAUAUAAAAAAAAAAUCGUUAGAGAUAACUUCGUCAAGCUGCAUUAUUUGUCAAAAAAUCACUGGAUAACACUGUUUAAAAGACAGUUUCAAAGUGUGAAAUGCAGUAUCUUUUAAAUUCUAUAAGUGUUGCUGAACGUUUGAUAUAUCUAUUUAGGCAUCGAAUUGAACACAUUUAUUCCUUUAUAAUACAAUGAAUUUUGUGGAGCACAAGUCAAGAAAUGUGGUGUUCUUAUUUCAACCGCGUUUCUAGUAUUAUAUCUAUGAAAGUCACUUCCUCUUUCAAUUCGAUCACACAAAUAUCGAGGUAGCAAACCGUUACCGCGGAAUUACCAUAAAUUUUGUUUUAUUUGUAUUCAAUUUCAACUGCUUAUACUUCAACCAUCUACGUAGAGAACGCAAAUCUUCAUUCAAGUGUAAAUCGGCAUCAUCUAAAUCCUUAGCUGCAAUGAAUAACACAGUAUCAUCUGCAAUAAGAUUAAUGUCUCAAAAUCGUAAGACACGUUGCAAGUCAUUAAUAUACAUAAUAAAUAACAGGGGCCCUAAUACACUUCCCUGGGGCACUCCAAGGUUAUUCUCCACGGGACUGGAAGCAGAAUCAUUAAAAACAGUCCGUUGAGCUCUGUCAGACAAAUAGCUUUCAAACCAUUUAUAUGCGGUACUCGUAAUUCCAAAGCGCUUGAUUGAUCUUAUCAAUAAGGGCCUAGAAAUUGUUUCAAAAGCGCGUUAAAGAUCCAAAAAACAGCAACAAUCGUAUCUUUACACUCCAAAUUAUUUUUCCACUUCGCUAAUACCAAAUUCAACGCGGUUUCACAAGAAUGACCUUCCCGAUAUCCCGAUUGUUCUGGUAUCAACAAACUAUUACUAUUUAAAUACUCCAACAGCUGGCCUUUAACAAAAAGUUCUAAAAUUUUCUCUAAUGUGUGCAACAUGUUGAUGGGACGAAACUCUUCGGCUUUAAUCGUUUCAGCAACUUUUUGAAUAGGAACCACUAAGAAUUCCAUUCAAAUUUGUGGCACAUGUUCAGAAAGAUGUGGCCAAUGACAUGAAAGCAAUCUUGUAUAACUCUAGCAUUAACAUUAUCUACUCCAGCCGAUUUUCCUAAUGAAAAACAAAUAACUCUAAGUUCAUCUAAUGUGAUUGGGUGAAAAACUUCAAAUCUACAACUUCUAUUCACUGGCUGUUUAAUUUCGUCAGGUUCAUCGACCAAUUCAAUGGAUUGAUUAAUCAAUGAAACACUGUCUACAAAAUAAUCAUUAAACUUAGCUGCAAUUACUUGUUCUGACUGUUCUAAUGUGCCAUUAAAAGUUAUGGACCGCGACUUGCAAUUACUAGGUUUUAAUAAAGAUUUAAAAAAAUUCCAUAACUCUUUGCUGUUGUUUUGUUACUGAUCAAUCUUCAUUUGAACAUAUUCACAACGAGUUUUCUUUAUUGAUUGUGAAUACUUAUUACGCGCGAUUGUGUUCCUAUUCCAAUGAUUGUCAUUAUUUGAUCUAUAAAACUUUUUGUACCAUU